AUGUCCUACAGCCAGCCUGGAAGUAGUAGGGAUCAGCCCAUGCCAGACGAUGAUAUUCCACUCAAAAUUCGACGAGUCACCAAAGCAUGCGAUCUAUGUCGCAAACGUAAAGCGCGCUGUGAUGGGGAUCCAUCAUCAGACAGAGGAUGUACACUAUGCACGAACGCGGGCAUGUCCUGUGUUUUCACACGUUUUGCGAGAAAACGCGGACAUGAGAGCAGUCAAGCCCGAGAUCUAGAGUCUCGAAUAAUUGAGAUGGAAGGGCUCAUCCGCUUGAUAGCGCCUGGUAUCGAUAUUGAGCAAGAGAUAGAAGAAUCAGCGAACUCAGACUUACUAGACAAUGCAAACACUCUGCUGCGUCCCUCUGAUUCAGCUUUCCUCCAGCCAAAUGAUGCGUUCUUGCGCCCUUCGGUCGAUUCCACUACAGCUUUCUUUCACCCCUCGAACGCCAUACUUGACAAGGUUGACUUCAUCGGCCCCGUUGUCACCUCCGAAAUCAUCCCCGGAAAUACCACUACGUACUCUCCCCCAAGUGCUGGUGCGGACCGUUCAUCGCCUUUAACGGGUUCUAGCCAUCCGUAUGGUAUCACAACGCCCCCUAGGACAGGCUCAGCGCCGUACAUGAACAAUCCUGCAAGGGACAGAGGAGCAGGACCCGAGGGAAGGCCCAUGGGCAGGUCAUCCUACCACACUGAAUUGUCAUUUACCGAGGGCUCUGAAAUUUCUAUUGGACUGGAGCUCGCGCAUGCCUGGAGAAAAGAGGUUCAACCUCAAAUUGCGCGUAGAAACUCGCGACAGGUCAACCCAGCAGAGUACCAGGGCUCGUAUACUAAGCCAAUGCGGGAUAAACUUGCCACACGCGUGGCUCCUCAAGACCUUUGGUUCCCUCCGGACGACUUGUUGGCCUCGUUAGUGGAUCUAUACUUCACUAGAUUUAACGUUAUCCUCCCUCUUCUUCAUCGGCCCACGUUUGAGGCCCAACUUGCACAGAAGCUCCACUGGAAAGACCCAAGUUUUGCGGCCGUCGUGCUGCUUGUCUGUGCAAACGGAUCAAGAUUUAGUGAUGAUACACGUGUUAUGCCCUUCUACGCUGAGGAUAUUCCACCGGAUAUGCGAGAAUUCGAUGCGGGAGUUUUGUUCUAUCUCCCAUGGCUGGUACCAGCGACGCGAGAGACGGUUGUUGCGCUUGUAAUGAAUGGGUUGCGUCUAAUUCGCUCUGAUCCUCAGCAAGGUGGGGAAAAGCAAGACCCGUUGCUCCAGAAUUGUAUGGAUCUAUUGCACCUUGUGAGCCGAGUGGGCGUACAUGUAGCAGAUAUGGCAAAUAUGCUUCGCGAACUGGCGACCCCUAUCAAGGCCUCGCCUUCUCUCUAG